GUGCAGUGAUGAGGGGCUUCUUGGGGCUGACCGUCCGUGCUGUGAGGCAGUACAGCGGAAGACCACCCGCGCCGCUGGGAGCAAGAAUCCUCUCCAACCCCGAACACGUCUUCCAGCAUAACACGUGGGAUCACGUGCAGUGGACAGAGGAGGAGACGGAGAAAGCCCGGCAAAGAGCAGAGGAGAACUCUAAAGAGAAGAUUCCUAUAGAAGAGCAAUCCAAAUAUGACACAGAAGCUCAUAAGUACUGGGAACGAUUUUAUGAGAUGCACCAGCAGAAGUUCUUCAAAAACCGAAACUGGCUCUUUAAUGAAUUCCCGGAGCUCCUCCCUCCAGACGCCGCAGGGAUGUGCAGCCCGGAGCAUGUGGAGGCAUUCCCUGGACAACACGCUGCUUUCAGGAUACUGGAGGUGGGCUGUGGUGCAGGUAACAGUGUGUUUCCCAUCAUCAGCUCCAUCAGGGGCAGUAAGGCGUUUCUGUACUGCUGUGACUUCUCAUCCCGAGCUAUUGAGCUCAUCCAGGAGCACCCAGACUAUGACCCUGCGGUGUGUCACGCAUUUGUGCAGGACAUUUGUGACACAACCUCCCCGUUUCCCUUCCCUGAGAGUCUGGACAUUAUUCUGGUGGUCUUUGUGCUCUCUGCCAUCCACCCAGCACGAGCUCGAGACGUUGUGAAGGCUUUGGCUGGAUUCCUGAAGCCGGGGGGAAUCAUGCUGUUCAAAGACUACGGCAGAUACGAUCUGUCACAACUAAGAUUUAAAAAAGGUCAGUGUUUGUCUGAAAACUUCUAUACGCGCCAGGACGGAACCUGCGUGUAUUUCUUCACAAAAGAUGAGGUCCACCAUUUGUUUUCUAAUGCCGGUUUGGAGGAGCUUCAGAAUCUGGAAGACAGAAGACUGCAGGUAAACAGAGUAAAGAAGCUGGUAAUGCACAGAGUGUGGAUACAGAGCAAAUACAGGAAGCCUCGUCUGACUUCAGCGGCAGACUCGGAUCUGGAAGAACUGGGCUAAGGGCCUUGAACACAAAGUCCUGUCGGGAUUAGAAGGACAGUUCCUUUGUGACAAACUUCAGUUAUAGCAAAUGAUGGAGAUAACGUAGCGAAAACAUCAAGAAAGCUAUUUUUAGGUUUGUUUUUUUUUUUAACUUUUAACUUAAUGUUCCACUAUUUGCCGUUGUUAGGUUGCAAUAAAUUACAAUGAAUGCAUUUUGUUGUAGUACGUUAUUAAUUAAUGAAGUGAAUUAAAAUCACUGGGGUCUUGAAAGUCAGAAAGAAAGAGAGUUACUUGAAUUAAAUUCAUGAUAAUUAAUCACUAAAAUGAUGUUAUUCUCAUGACAAUGCCAGUUCGCUCCUUGAAGCUUCCCAAAAGAUUUGAUUUUAUUUGUUAUUCAAACACGUAUUUGCUCUGGCUUUUAUUGAAUGGUUUGUAAUACGGUAUAUUUAUGUUUUUAUUUGUAAUGUUUUACAUGUUUGCAUAAUUUUAUAUUUUCAAAUAAAUUCAUUUGUUAAAUAUUU